UGCUCAUAUAAUUAGUACACUGAGAAAAAACUAUUAGUAAGUAUUAAACCGGACCGAUAUAUCUUAUUUUAUUAAUUUGGAUGAAGUGGUCUCCUCCACUGUCUUUCCGGACUCCGGAGCUGUCAACCACAGUCGAAAAGGGAGGGUCAAUAUGGCGUCUGAGCAGGAGAGUUCCAACGGGCCUGUGAAGAGGUCUAUGAGGGAGAAGGCCAUCGAACGGCGGACCACCAACAAGGAGCACAACAGCAACUUUAAGGCAGGCUAUGUGCCCAUAGAGGAGGAGCGCCUGCACAAGACAGGCCUGAGAGGACGCAAGGGCAACAUGGCUGUCUGCAUCAUCAUCCUGCUCUUCCUGCUAGCACUCAUCAACCUCAUUAUCACUCUAGUGAUCUGGACGGUGAUACGAAUCGGGCCUAGUGGUUGUGACAGUAUGGAGUUUCAUGAAAGUGGGCUGCUGCGUUUCAAACAGAAGGCAGACAUGGGCGUGGUCCACCCACUGCACAAGAGUACUGUGGGGGGCAGGAAGGACCAGGACCUGGUUAUCACCGGCAACAACAACCCGGUGGUGUUCCAGCAGGGCUCCACUAAGCUCAGUGUUGAGAAAGAGAAGACGUCCAUCACCAGUGACAUGGGCAUAUCCUUCACUGACCCCCGCACUCAGAACACCUUCUUCAGCACAGACUUUGAAAACCACGAGUUCCACCUGCCCAAAGGAGUCAAAGUACUCAAUGUGAAGAAGGCCUCCACAGAAAGGAUCACUAGCAACGCUUCCUCUGACCUGUCCAUCAAAGGGGACAGCAAGGCCAUAAUCCGUGGCAACGAGGGGGUCUUCAUCAUGGGCAAGACAGUGGAGUUCAGGAUGGGAGGGGACAUCGAGCUCAGAGCUGAGAACAGUAUUAUUUUGAACGGAUCUGUGAUGGUGAGCGUCACUCGCAUGCCUAACCCCCCAGUGGGGGCCAAUGUGUAUUUUGACGAGGGUCUGUUGAGGUACAAGCUGUGUAUGUGUGCAGACGGCACUCUGUUCCGUGUCCAGGUGAAGUAUCAGAACAUGGGCUGCCAGACCUCAGACAACCCAUGUGGAAAGGCCCACUAAAGAGACUGGAACACAAACUGAUGUUACACCAUCCAUCCUCUCCAACAAUCAACAGAUGGUCUGGCCAACCAGUGUUGAAAUACCAUAGAAUGGUGUACAGUGCAUACUCUUUAUGCAUUCAAAAUGUAGCACACCCAGAAACACACUCUUUUUUUAUGGUGGUAUUUUUGUUUAUCUGCAUAUUCACCUGGCCAAAUAUAUCUAAAUAAGUGCUAAAGUAUUAUCAUUGUUUUUUUCUGACUAUAUGAAGUAACAGAAGCAGCACUUUACCAAGCCAUCCAGUAUUACCAGUAUUCUGGGUAUUACCAGUAUUCUGGAUAUUACCAGUAUUACCAGUAUUGUGGAUAUUACCAGUAUUGUGGGUAUUACCAGUAUUACCAGUAUUGUGGGUAUUACCAGUAUUCUGGAUAUUUCUAUUAAUCAUGACAUUUGACAUUUAUAUUUCUGCUGGCAGCUGUUUGUGACUCAAAUACAAGUCACCCUGCAUUAGGCAUCAGCCACUGAUCACAUAGUGUGGGACACUAUAUUUAUUUAUUGAUUAUGGUUAAUUAAGGAGUUAUGAGUUGGAGUUAGCGGGAUAUGUGCGAAAUAGGAAAGUUAAUUUUAGCCAUUCAGUAUUGCUGAUUGCAGGAGAUAAUCUGUGCUUGUUUAAAGGUCUAGUGUAGAUUUUCAUGAGUUGACUCUCUGUUAGGAGAAUUCUAACAGAAUCUCUCAGCAUUCUACAUUGCUAUCUACAUCUGCCUUCUCAUCCUAUACGUGCCAAACACUGUCUCUGUGUCUUCACAAAGUAAGAGAUUAGAGUGUCUUUAGUUAUGAUGCCAAAUUAAAUUAAUUUCCAUGUGUCUAUAAUAUAUUGCCUAAUGUUCAGAAAAAGGAAUAUACACUAUAUAUACAAAAGUAUGUGGACACCCCUUUAAAUGAGUGGAUUUGGCUAUUUCAGCUACACCUGUUGCUGACAGGUGUAUAAAAUCAAGCACACAGCCAUGCAAUUUCCAUAGACAA